AAUCUAAAAAUAUCUAUAAUAUACAAAUAUUUAACUUCAUUAUAUACUAACAAGAAUCAUUCGCCGCAGAUAGUGUUCAAAGGAAAUGAGUAUAAUUUAAAGUUAUAACAACAAAAACAAAAUCAUAUGCAGGGGCAGCUAAGUGCCUCAAAAGAUAUAGAGCUAGGCCUUCACCGAGGAGGUCCUGGAUUCAAAUAUAUGGCCUUGAACACUUCAUAGAUAUGUUGCCCUAUGUAAGUCACUUGACUUCAGUUGUCUAGCCCUUACAGCUCUUCUGCCUUGGAAGAAUGUUUAGUAUCAAUUCUAAGUCAGCAUGUAAUGGUUUAUUUAAAAAAACAAUGACAUAUGGAAUCAAUAAAUGAGAACAAUAAACAUGGGGACAAUCAAUAAAUUUUCAUUUAAGUGCUUACUAUGUACCAGGUAUUAUGUUAAGUGCUAGAUACAAAGAAAAAAAACCUAGUCUUUGUCUUCCAAGAAUUUCAAAUAAAGUGGGUAGUCGUCAAUUGUGAGAUGACCAGAAACCUUUUUAUAUGCAUAUAUGUGCAUAUAGAAAUAUGUAAUCAGAACAAAGAGAGCACUAUCACAAGAACUAUAAACAUUUAAAUAAAAAGAUCACUAAAGCUUAGUUGAGGUCUAAAUAAUAAAAAAACUAAUGAUGGUGCUAGGGAAGAGAGAAAUGAGAGAGACAGAGAAGACUGCUAUAACACUACUAUGUAUAUUAUCUAAAAAGAUAUUUGUUUUAAUAUGUUUUACUUCAUUGUUUUUCUUGCUAUUGUGAGGUUGAGGUGGAAAAAAUUAUUUCAAUUUAAAGAAAAAAGACAUAGCAUUUAUUUGUUCAUUUAAAAAAUUACAAGGUAGAACUAUUGGGUUUGUACCCCAUAGAGAUAAUAAGGGAAAAGCCUUGUUCAAAAGUAUUUAUAGUCACACUCUUUGUGGUGGCAAAAAAUUGGAAAAUGUGGGUGUGUCUAUCAAUUAGGGAAUGACUGAACAAAUUGUGGUAUAUGAUGGUGAUGGAAUAUUAUUGUACUGAAAGGAAUAAUGAAUUGGAGGAAUUCCAUGUGAAUUAGAAUGACCUCCAGGAAUUGGUGCAAAGCUAAAGGAGAAGAUCCAGGAGAACAUUGUACACAGAGACUGAUACAUUAUGGUACAAGUAAUGUAAUAGACUUUUCUACUAGCCACAAUAUAAUGAUCCAGAGAAUUCUGAGGGACUUAUGAGAAAGAACUCUCUAUCCACAUCCAGAGAAAGAACUAUGGGCACAGAAACUCAGAAGUAAAGUAUAUAAUUGAUCGUGUAGUUUGAUGGGGGUAUGAUUAGGGUUUUGAUAUUAAAAGAUCACUCUAUGGCAAAUAAGAAUAUGGAAAUAGUUUUUGAACAAUCUUGGGGGUUGGGGGUGUUAAUUGAUGGCACAUUUUUAAAUUUUUCUUUGUUUCAUGCAUUGUUUUAAGAAUUGCAUUGUCUAAGAAUUCAUCAUCACAUAUAGGGGUCCAUCCAGUGGCCCCUCUGAGGAUCCACGGUCUCUCUGCCCAGAUAUGACAUCAUAGUUGGUAUAAGGAGGAGAUGAGACACACUGUACAUUCAACCCAUGUAUACAGGCAUCACUCACAGUGCUCUGCCAUAAUACCAUAGUUUGUUUAUUAUAUAGGUUUUUUGGUACAUGCUUCUUUGACGCAUAAUCAAUCUUCUAUGUGUGUGACAUUCUACAAUUUGAUUGGAUAUUAUCAAAUUACCUAAACAAUACUUGUGAUGUUACUAAAACAAAGAAUUCUGUGAUCAUUUACUAGGUUUCUACAACACUCUGUGAUAGAUAUGAUUAAUGUGAAUAAAGCCAUUUGUAGGUUAGUACCCCUUGACCUGCUGAGAGGAUCAUUGUGCUUUUGGUCAGCUUUCACUAUUAAUCAUAAUUGCUUGGGAGAUGAAUAACAAAACAUCUUUGUAUCUAGGUGUGAGGACUUAAAGCAGACCAUUUUGGGGGUUUCCCUCAAUUUACAAAUUCUUUUUUUCUUGUGUUAAUUUAAAGUGCCUAGCAAUGCUGCUUGUCUUCUGUUUCCACAAAUUCAUUGGAGUGUGGUAACUAUAGGAAAAGAUUCAUUAUUGUACCCCAGCUUUUGUCCAGUGUUUAUUGUAGGGCCUUGUAGCGUGUCUUGUAUGACAUGACUGAAACAACUCAACCAGGUAACAUGAUUCUCAGAAGGAAGAUAUAGAGCCUAGGAGAGUUCUGUAAGCCUUUCUAGCAUGGUUGAGAUUUGCCAGAGAUUGAGUUCCAUUGAUGCAACCCUUAUGGGCCCAGGAGUAAUAGCAUGUUAAGGCAUGAGUUAGUCUUUUUGUUUUAUAUACACAUUUACACAUGUGUGUUCAUAUAAAUCGAUAAUAUUUCAUUAGAUGUACAUGAAUAGGAAUUUCUUAAUAUGCCAAAGAUAGAUGUCUGUUUUCUUACUAGGAAAUACAAAAUUAUUUCUAUGUAUAUGAGUAAUAGUUGACAUAGAGAGGAAGUGCUUCUGGUUUCCUUCUCUAUAGGUUAGAAUAUAGGACCAUACUAAGGAUAGAGAUGGUCUCUAGCUACAAUCUUUGUUUCAAAACCAUUCUGCCAUUUUUCAGCCAGCGUUCCUGUUAUGAACACCUCUGGCCCUAGUCUCCAUUGCUCAUAAAUUAAGGCAAAGUUUGUUCUGAUUUUAUCAACAGUGAAAAGUAGUUGUGAUGUUGGUAAAAGUUUGAAGCAACAGCAAGAAGAAACAAAGAUACUCUACCUGUCAUGAGUGGCACAGAAUUCUUAUUGCCCUAGGCACCAGCCAUGCACAUUCAAACAGGUUAGUACUGGAUUGGUGUCCUCAGUAUAUUAGUGUAUCUUGAAGGUGAAGGUAUAGUGGAGGCAGUAGAACUCUGGAAUUAAUUCCAAUGCUGGUUUUUUAGUUAUCCAUUUAGUGCUAAUACAGUUUGGUGCAUGUGGAGUCUACCCUCUAAAAAGUAACUUGUCAGUACUAUGAUGUUGUUGCAUAUUUAAAAUUGAAUUCUUUGCCUCAUUUCAUUUCUGUUUGUGACAGAAUAGGGUUGUUAUCCAUACACAUUUAUCCAAAUAGAUUGUGAAGAUAUUGCAGGCAUGUACUGUCUUGCUAAUGUAUAAUUAAUCUUUCCUUCUUUCUUGAAAUGGGAGUUAUUCCCUUAUGGCUAUUUAUAUAUUUUUACUGCUUAAGGUCAAGAAGUUUGAAGAGCAAAAACGGAAUAAAAAUCUGUAAUAAAGAGUUUCAGCUUUAAGGCAUGAAGAGCUUACAGCUUUUUAAUAUAAAUUGUUCCCAGAAUGCAUGUCACAGCUCCUUAUAUGGUGCUGCUUUUUUCCUCUUAGUUGCUAUGACAACAGCAGCACUGCACCAUUCAUCAGCUCCAGACCUGGGCUGCAUUGCUAGUCUUCCGUGUUACUCCUGAAUGUUAAGAAGAACAUCCGUGAAUCAUUCAUUCUGCUAAUACUGCGCCAUUAGAAACCUAGAAACCAGUUCUUCCAGCAAUUUGUUCUAAAUGAAGGGCAAACUGAACUGCGCCAUAGGAGAAACUGUACAAAAAUACUUCCUUUUUUUUCCCUAAGGGAGGCAUACUGUGUAUAUCGCUGCAGCAUUCUGAAAGAAAAACCUCUCUAAAGCUGAGCAGUCUAAUUGAGAAUUCUUCCUAUAGAGCCUUUCUUGAAAAUCAUCAAUUGUAAAUAAAAGACUUACAAAGAAGCAGGUGAUGUUGUUGGGGUAGCAGAUACCUUGGGGAACAUCUUGUGCUUUGGGACCACGUUUGACUCAGCUGCAAGAGAAGUAUCACCUGUAACGGCACAGUGUGUUUCUGGGCCCUGUAAAGAGCUAACGAGAGAAGAGAAAGGUGUGGAUCGCCGCUGAUGAGCCAGCUCUGUUAGCAACAUUAUCUAUGGAUAAGAAAGAGGCUUUUGGGGGCGUUGGAGAAAAGAUUACAAUUUAUUGGUUUAUGAAGAAGAAAAACUAAAGCUGUGAUGUGGAACAGGAACUUGGGCCCCCUCCGUCAGUAGAUGAGGCAGCAAACACACUCAUGACUCGCCUGGGCUUCCUCCUUGGAGAGAAAGUCACAGAAGUGCAGCCAGGGGCGCAGUACAGCAUGGAGGUGCAAGAUGAAAAUCAGACCUCAACAGUCACUCAACGAAUAAGUCCUUGUUCCACCCUGACUAGCAGCACUGCCUCACCACCAGCCAAUAGCCCUUGUUCUACCCUCCCACCAGUCAAUACCAAUGCAACAGCCAAGGAUUGCAACUAUGGAGCUGUCACAAGUCCAACUUCCACACUUGAAAGCAGAGAUAGUGGUAUCAUUGCUACUUUGACAAGUUAUUCUGAAAAUGUGGAACGAACAAAGUAUGGUGGGGAAAGCAGUAAAGAACUAGGAUCUGGAGGAAACCUGAAACCUUGGCAGUCCCAAAAAUCCAGCAUGGAUUCGUGUUUAUACCGAGUAGAUGAAAACAUGACAGCCUCCACCUAUAGUCUUAACAAGAUCCCAGAAAGGAACCUGGAAACAGUUCUGUCCCAAUCAGUACAAUCUAUUCCACUUUACCUAAUGCCACGGCCAAAUUCAGUAGCAGCUACCAGCUCUGCUCACUUGGAGGACCUUGCUUACCUGGAUGAACAAAGACAUACUCCCUUGAGAACUUCUCUCCGAAUGCCAAGGCAGAGCAUGGGUGGUGCUCGGACACAGCAGGACUUGCGAGUGCGAUUUGCGCCUUACAGGCCUCCAGACAUCUCCCUGAAGCCCCUGCUCUUCGAAGUGCCCAGCAUCACCACAGAGUCUGUAUUUGUUGGACGUGACUGGGUUUUUCAUGAAAUAGAUGCUCAACUCCAGAGUGAAAAUGCCAGUGUGAAUCAAGGAGUUGUGAUUGUCGGAAACAUUGGAUUUGGCAAAACAGCCAUCAUCUCCAGGCUGGUGGCCCUCAGUUGCCAUGGUACACGGAUGAGACAGAUUGCCUCAGAUAGUCCACAUGCUUCUCCAAAACAUGUGGAUGCCAACCGAGAGCUGCCACUUACUCAGCCACCUUCUGCCCAUUCUUCUAUCACCAGUGGAAGCUGUCCAGGAACUCCAGAAAUGCGCAGACGACAAGAGGAAGCUAUGAGGAGACUUGCCUCACAGGUGGUUGCCUAUCACUACUGCCAAGCAGACAAUGCCUACACCUGCUUGGUACCAGAGUUUGUCCACAAUGUUGCUGCAUUACUCUGCCGUUCACCUCAACUUGUUGCCUACCGGGAGCAACUUCUUCGGGAGCCCCACCUGCAGAGCAUGCUGAGCCUACGAUCUUGUGUGCAGGAUCCCAUGGCAUCCUUCCGGAGAGGAGUCCUUGAGCCCCUGGAGAACCUCCACAAAGAGAACAAAAUCCCAGAUGAAGAUUUCAUCAUUCUAAUUGAUGGGUUAAAUGAAGCAGAAUUUCACAAACCAGAUUAUGGGGACACAAUAGUGUCAUUUCUUAGUAAGAUGAUUGGAAAAUUCCCUUCUUGGCUCAAGCUGAUAGUAACAGUCAGGACCAGUUUACAGGAAAUUACCAAAUUACUGCCCUUCCAUAGGAUCUUCUUGGAUCGUCUAGAAGAGAAUGAAGCCAUAGACCAGGACCUCCAAGCAUAUAUCCUACAUAGGAUCCACAGCAGUUUAGAGAUUCAAAAUAACAUUUCUCUCAAUGGCAAAAUGGACAACACUACAUUUGGAAAACUCAGUUCUCAUCUCAAGACCCUCAGCCAAGGUUCCUAUCUGUACCUAAAACUCACAUUUGACCUCAUAGAAAAGGGAUACCUGGUUUUAAAGAGCUCUAGCUACAAAGUAGUUCCUGUAUCUCUUUCUGAGGUUUAUCUACUCCAGUGCAAUAUGAAAUUCCCAACCCAGUCCUCCUUUGACCGAGUGAUGCCUCUUCUAAAUGUUGCAGUAGCCUCUCUCCACCCACUUACAGAUGAGCAUAUCUUCCAGGCCAUCAAUGCAGGCAGCAUUGAGGGUACUCUGGAAUGGGAAGACUUUCAACAAAGGAUGGAGAAUCUCUCCAUGUUUCUAAUUAAGCGCAGAGACAUGACCCGCAUGUUUGUGCAUCCUUCUUUUCGAGAAUGGCUCAUCUGGAGAGAGGAAGGAGAGAAAACCAAAUUUCUCUGUGAUCCCAGGAGUGGUCACACAUUACUUGCCUUCUGGUUUUCCCGUCAAGAAGGAAAACUAAACCGACAGCAAACUAUUGAGUUGGGACACCACAUCCUCAAAGCACACAUUUUUAAGGGUUUGAGUAAAAAAGUUGGGGUAUCAUCCUCUAUACUCCAAGGUCUCUGGAUCUCCUACAGUACUGAAGGUCUUUCCAUGGCAUUGUCAUCUUUACGAAAUCUCUAUACUCCAAAUAUAAAGGUCAGUCGGUUGCUGAUUUUGGGAGGUGCCAACAUCAAUUACCGGACAGAGGUUUUGAAUAAUGCCCCAAUCUUGUGUGUCCAGUCACACCUCGGUUAUACAGAGAUGGUAGCCCUGCUGUUGGAGUUUGGGGCUAAUGUAGAUGCCGCUUCAGAAAGUGGCCUUACUCCUCUAGGAUAUGCUGCCGCUGCUGGAUUCCUGAGCAUUGUUGUGCUGCUCUGCAAAAGGCGAGCCAAGGUGGAUCACUUGGACAAAAAUGGGCAGUGUGCACUGGUUCAUGCUGCACUCAGAGGCCAUCUGGAGGUUGUCAAGUUCCUGAUUCAGUGUGACUGGACAAUGGCUGGCCAGCAGCAAGGGGUGUUUAAGAAAAGCCAUGCCAUUCAACAAGCCCUCAUUGCCGCAGCCAGCAUGGGCUAUACAGAGAUUGUCUCUUACCUGCUAGAUCUUCCAGAAAAAGAUGAAGAAGAAGUGGAACGAGCCCAGAUCAACAGCUUUGACAGCCUCUGGGGAGAAACAGCCCUGACAGCUGCAGCUGGAAGGGGCAAGCUAGAUGUAUGUCGCCUGCUUUUGGAACAAGGGGCAGCAGUAGCCCAGCCAAAUCGGCGGGGGGCAGUGCCCUUAUUCAGCACUGUUCGACAAGGUCAUUGGCAGAUUGUUGACCUCUUACUCACUCAUGGAGCUGAUGUUAACAUGGCAGACAAGCAAGGCCGCACUCCCCUAAUGAUGGCAGCUUCAGAAGGCCAUCUAGGGACGGUGGAUUUCUUACUGGCACAAGGUGCCUCCAUUGCCCUGAUGGACAAAGAAGGAUUGACAGCCCUUAGCUGGGCUUGUUUGAAGGGCCACCUCCCAGUGGUACGCUCCCUUGUGGAGAAUGGGGCAGCCACAGACCAUGCUGACAAGAAUGGCCGCACCCCACUGGAUCUAGCAGCUUUCUAUGGUGAUGCUGAAGUGGUGCAGUUCCUGGUGGAUCAUGGGGCCAUGAUCGAGCAUGUCGAUUACAGUGGGAUGCGUCCCCUGGACAGGGCAGUGGGAUGCCGAAAUACCUCUGUCGUAGUCACCCUUCUGAAGAAAGGAGCCAAGAUAGGUUGUCAGACGUUACCGAGUCGCCCACGAGGUCCAGCCACUUGGGCGAUGGCCACCUCCAAACCAGACAUCAUGAUCAUCCUGUUGAGCAAGCUGAUGGAGGAAGGGGACAUGUUUUAUAAGAAAGGUAAAGUGAAAGAAGCAGCCCAGCGUUACCAGUAUGCCCUGAAGAAAUUUCCCAGGGAAGGGUUUGGUGAAGAUUUGAAAACUUUCCGGGAAUUAAAAGUCUCUCUCCUCCUCAACCUCUCCAGAUGUCGCAGGAAAAUGAAUGAUUUUGGAAUGGCGGAGGAAUUUGCUACUAAAGCCCUGGAGCUGAAACCGAAAUCUUAUGAAGCUUACUAUGCAAGAGCAAGAGCAAAACGGAGCAGCAGCAGGCAGUUUUCAGCAGCACUGGAGGACCUGAAUGAGGCCAUCAAGCUGUGUCCAAACAACCGUGAGAUCCAACGGCUACUGAUGAGAGUAGAAGAAGAGUGUAGACAGAUGCAACAGCAGCAACAGCAACAGCAGCAAUUACCAGUAGAAGCUGAGCCUGACCCUCAGCAAGAGGACCUCUAUUCUGUGCAAGACAUCUUUGAAGAGGAGUACCUAGAGCAGGAUGUCGAAAACAUUUCCAUUGGCUUACAGACCGAAGCUCGGCCCACUCAGGGGCUCCCCAUCAUCCAGAGCCCACCCUCGUCUCCUGCCCAUCGAGAGUCUGCGUACAUCUCUGGCUCACCACUUGGCUCACAUCAGGUUUUUGAUUUCCGGUCUAAUAGUUCUGUAGGUUCUCCCACUAGGCAAAGUUACCAGUCCACAUCUCCUGCUCUCUCCCCUACACACCAGAACUCUCAUUACAGGCCCAGUCCCCCACAUACAUCCCCAGCUCAUCAGGGUGGAGCUUACCGCUUCAGCCCCCCUCCUGUGGGGGGGCAGGGGAAAGAAUAUCCAAGUCCUCCCCCAUCACCUCUCCGAAGAGGCCCUCAGUACCGGGCUAGCCCUCCGGCCGAAAGCAUGAGCGUCUAUAGGUCCCAGUCUGGCUCUCCUGUACGAUACCAGCAAGAAACUAAUGUCAGUCAGAUUCCUGGAAGGCCAAAGUCUCCCUUGUCCAAAAUGGCUCAGAGGCCAUACCAGAUGCCCCAGCUUCCUGUGGCCGUUCCCCAGCAAGGGCUUAGACUGCAGCCUGCCAAGGCCCAGAUUGUGAGAAGCAACCAGCCCAGCUCCGCAGUUCACUCCAGCACGGUCAUCCCCACUGGCACUUAUGGCCAAGUGGCUCAUUCUAUGGCCAGUAAAUACCAGGCUUCACAGGGAGAAAUGGGGGUGAGUCAGAGUCGGCUGGUCUACCAAGGGUCAAUCGGGGGGAUUGUAGGCGAUGGAAGACCUGUGCAACAUGUUCAGGCCAGCCUUAGUGCAGGUGCCAUCUGCCAACACGGAGGGCUGACCAAAGAAGACCUUCCACAGAGACCUUCCUCUGCCUACCGUGGGGGGGUGAGGUACAGUCAGACACCUCAGAUUGGGCGCAGCCAGUCAGCCUCCUACUAUCCCGUGUGUCACUCCAAACUGGAUCUGGAGCGCUCUUCCAGCCAGCUGGGCUCCCCCGACGUGUCACACUUAAUCAGAAGGCCCAUUACAGUCAACCCUAACGAAAUCAAAUCCCACCCACCAACUCCUAGGCCUCUGCUGCACUCCCAAAGCGUAGGCCUCCGAUUCUCUCCUUCUAGCAAUAGCAUAUCAUCCACCUCCAACCUGACUCCUACCUUCCGCCCUUCCUCCUCAAUUCAGCAAAUGGAGAUCCCACUGAAGCCGGCCUACGACAGGGCAUGCGAUGAGCUGUCUCCAGUGUCUCCCACUCAGGGAGGCUACCCCAGUGAGCCAGCUCGGUCCAGGACCACACCAUUCAUGGGGAUCAUAGAUAAAACAGCCCGGACUCAGCAGUACCCCCACCUCCACCAGCAGAAUCGGACCUGGGCAGUUUCAUCAGUGGAUACUGUCAUCAGCCCCACGUCUCCGGGCAGUCUGCCUCAGCCUGAGUCCUUCAGUCCACCAUCUUCAAUCAGCAACAUUGCCUUUUAUAACAAAACCAACAAUGCUCAGAAUGGCCAUUUGCUGGAGGAUGACUAUUAUAGUCCCCAUGGGAUGCUGGCUAAUGGGUCCCGCGGAGACCUCUUGGAGAGAGUCAGCCAGGCCGCCUCCUAUCCUGACGUAAAGGUGGCCAGGACUCUGCCUGUUGCUCAGGCGUAUCAGGACAACCUGUACAGGCAGUUGUCCAGGGACUCUCGACAAGGGCAGACAUCCCCAAUCAAACCAAAGAGACCAUUUGUGGAGUCUAAUGUUUAAAAGACGUUUGUUGGAGUGAGAUCCAUGUUUUCAGCACACAUUUCCAGGCUUGGUUUCCACAUUUGGGGUAGUUCUCUGGCUUACUUUCUCAUGUAAUUUCUGUGUGGUGUUCAGAGACACAUGCUGAAAUCAUUUGCAUGCAGCCAACUGGGAAGCUGGCCUCCAACAAGCCAGGAUUGUAGUUUCUCUUGUCCAUACCCCAGCUGUGUGCCCUCUCUCUUCAGCUGCCAACUAGGAGAUUUUCAUACCAUGUGGUUUAGCCCAGGGAGAUCAGACACACUGCUCAGCUUUUUCAAAUAGACAAUCGAUUUCAGAUCACCUAGUGGUGUUGUGUAACUGUCUCUCCUUUUUUCAGAGAUGUUCUUGUUAAUUUUCCUCUAGGAAUUUUCAAAAGAGAGUGCUGCCCUUUUUGCCUUUGCAUUCUUAUCCAGUGUUCUCCAAACAGCCAGUCUGUGCAUUCAUGCUCUGUCUCCUUCCUCAAGGAAGAGCUAGUUGUCUGCCCUGAUGGAUCUUAAUAACAAGUUUCCUGCAGUAGUGAGGUCUAGAAUAUAAAUCUGAUUGCCUCUGGUGUGCAUAUUUUGGGGUAGAGGUAGAGAGAAAAGGAAAUCAGCCUGCUCAUGUGGUUAAAACCCCAAGAGGCUAGGUUUAGAAAUGCCACUAAAUUGGUUGUCCAAGUUUACUUAAUUAAAUAGAGAUUAGGCAGCUCUUUGACUCUUUCAAUCAGUCAAGGAAUUAAACAAGUCUUAGAGAUUUCUUUAGGUGUUUAACCAAAAAUUACUUAUAUCUAUCCAAACAAAAAUGAGGUUGAUGUAAACUGCCAGGGGCUUGUAGAAAACUAUCAUCUAGAAGAAAUUUCCUCUAGGUCCUAGCAUCAUGCAGCAUUAUUUCCCUCAGAAAGCAAUUUUUUUUUCCAUUGGAGUGUAAUUUGACAAGUAUGUUUAUUCAGCCUGCCACUUGAUCUGAAGCUGAAUCUUCUCCAAAAGCCUAUGCUCUAGCAAGAGGACCAUUUCCUUAAGGGGAGGAGCAAAAAUUGUCACUUUCAGGCCCAGAAUGGCUCUCACUCCUCUGUCUCUGAAAGCUGUCUUUGGUAUUCCCAGCCUGCUUUGAUUUCCAGAAUCUCAUCUACUUUCAGAAAUGGGUUUUUGUUGGGUUUUCUUUUUUAGGAAUAUGUGGUUAUUUUGGUUUGAAAACCAGAUGCUCCCAACAUUGAUUCAGGAUGAAGAGAAUAAAGAAUGUCAGCCGUUGGGCCUGUUUUCUAUCCCUGGGUGGGUGGACCGUGUGGAAACAACAGUAGGGUUUCUGACUCUGGCCAUCCUCUGUACAUUUCCCAUUCUUUGUAGAUGCCACCUUUUCAUCUGCUUUUCAAGUCACUGUGGACAAUGGAUGGACGGAUGGCAAGGGCACCAACAAUUGUAGCAUGUUAGAAACCAAAGACUUUAGAGUUAAACAAAAGUGAAUUGGACCUACACUGUUCAAAGUCAGCCUGCCCUCCUGAGUCAAGGGCUAUAGGAUGAACCAUUCCUUGUACCAGAUUCUAGCUGUGACCAGGCCUGUUGGCAGUAAGUAAGGCUGCUCCUCUGGAAAGGAUGAAAGGGAAGCAUGGAGGCUUGAUUUAGUAACAUUCCCCAACUACCUUAGCUUUUGCCAAACAAAAGGAUCUAGGCCCUGGAACAGGCCAGGAUGGUGUCAGUUUGGCUGUUUAGAAAACAAACAGAACCUGUGCUCCAGGGGACCCAUUUCUCAGAUAUUUGUAAAAACAUCUGUUUAACUGGAUGAGGGCAGGCAUCUGUUUCUGCUAUUUUUUUCCUCUUUAAUUUAAAAAAAUUUUUUUCAGCUUGGAAUUUUCUCAUUUGGCUUGAGCUACAGGGCUAGUUAUUGUUACAUUUUGGUCAGGGAUCAGUUCUGUUAGAUGCUUUCCCUCCUGCCCCCUCUCUGGUGGUGGAACAAGGGUUUCUGUCCAUUUUUCUCUCAGUGAGAAACUUCUGUUCUUUUGAAAAGUUCUCAGGCUCUUGACUCAGUCUUAUGCCCUCCCUGAUAAGGAACCUGAUGAGUCCUGUCUGCACUACAUAAAGACACCUACCAAGACAGAUGUGCUGGCAUUUUGGGUAAUAUUUCAAACAUUCUACUGAUAAUCAUUUCUAUCCCAGGACCCUUCCUCUUCUCCAUAAGAAACAAAAGCCCCAUUGCCCUCUAUGCUUUUAUGCUCUUGGUUGGAAAAGUUAACAAGUUGCCCACCCUAGCCCAUACUUUUUUUCCAUCCAAGUGUAAGCACUCCCACUGGGCACUAGUUGUCUAUGAGCUGGAAAAAAGAAAAAGCACUUGGACCCUCUUCUGGGAAAGAGAAGCUUGCGUUCUCUUGUGAACAGACUGUCUGUGCCCUGCUUUGCUACUUCACUGCCAUUCAAUGAUCCCAGUACUGUACUUAAGACAUGGUCCCCAUCAGCACUUUGUGAAUCAAUGCCCUACUUCAAGUUAGGAAAGGUAUUUUCAAAUACAAUUUAAAAAUGAAAUUACAAAGUUCCACAUGUCCCCUCCCCCUUGCUUCAAGCCUAGCCCACCAGCUCCCAUGUUCAUGCCACCCAAGAAUAGAAGAAGUGGUGACUUAACUGCAGCUUGUAGGUUUUUCACCAAAAAUAUGUUCUCUUUGCCCAGGAUUCUUGCACUAAUGGGUUACCAUCACAUUAUGUCUGUAAAUGGGUGCACUUUACUGUUUGAAUUUGUUACUAUGAUAAAUACUGGAUAUUUAAGCGUGAGUAGUGUCUUCAUUAGAAAAUAGCAGAACCACUCCUGUCUUUUAGUGUAUUUUUCAAGAAAAACAAAGAAAAAAGAGGAAAGAAAUCAAGCAAUGGAUCAUAACAUUUAUAGCACAAGAAAUAACUGUUGUAUAUAAACAUCAAAAGAUUAAGUAAUUUUUAAAUACAGAAUAUUUGCAGUGAUUUUAAAGUGUUUUUCCAGCAAUUUUCUUAGGGACUCCUGAGACAUGGUUACUUUAUUUACUGGAUCAGUAAGGCACACAUUAGCAAUUGAAAAUUAGUAUUUAUUUACAAAGUAAAAAAAAAUCUGUAUCAUGAAAAUUUGGCAUGGACAAAAUGGAGACCAUUUUGUAUUUGCUGUUGUUGUAUCUCGUCUGGGUUUCAGAAGUGCACUAUUAUUGAAGAAUCAUGUUAAUAGAGCACAAACCCUCUUCUUGUUCCUCUUUUGAGAUGUGUUUAACUUCAACAGAUGGCUCAGGAAAACUCCACUCCUUAAAGCCACGUGUGGUACCCUAAGUCACUGUCCAAAUCUUCCAGUUUGUUAUUGAGUUAGACCAAAUUUCCAGAUACUUUUCCUCAUGUUUUAAGAACAGCUUGGGGAAGGUUGUUUCAGUUCACAGAGCAAAUAGGCGUUUGUGGACUUUCCUCUUAAAUUUUCAUAUUUUUCUAUUUCAGAGGUGUCUCCAUUAGUAAGUAACCAGUGUCUAAUUUACUACCCUAGCCCAAUGCUUGGCACAGAGUAAGCAUUUAAUAAAUGCUUGUUGAUUGAUAGAUUAUUUUUCUUCAGAAUCCAUGAGCCCCGCUGAUUGUGGAUGUCAUUUGCAUUUUAUGGUAUUUAACCACAAGAUGUCACCCUGGCUCUGCACCAGAGCUUUCUCUGGCAGUAAAGGACCCCUUCAGAACUUCCCUAAGAAACAGUCAGAGAAGAUCCCAGGAGCAGAUGAGAGAGGCCUCUGAACUCCUGCCAGGGCAGAGCUGGGGCCAGCUAGCUCCAGAGAAGAGUGCAAUAUAGGAAAAAGUAGGACCUGGGGAGAAGGGGAGGGAGGGAAGGAGAACAUACCCUUAGCUGUGCUAGCCUUGGAGUGGCAUGCUUUGACCACUGGAGACUACUGUAGAAGAGAAGCCUAGAACCAGGAAAGGGGGAGAUCCCAAUUGAGCAGAGUUCUGUUGUUGCAGCAGAUCCCUGGAAAACUUUGCAUUGCAGCUGGUGGCUUCUCCCAGCACUCAGUCUCCAGCCUUCCUUGCAGGCUGUCACCCAUGGGUGGUUUUUAGUUCAAAGGUUAGCUGUUAUUUUUCUACUGUAAAAAAAAAAAUGCCUUUGUCGAAAUCAACUGCCCCAUUGGAACUUGUGCGGAAUGCACUUCAUACCUGUGGCCAGUUUUCUGCUGAAGUCCCAAGUGCCCAGCUGCCCCUGCCCAGUUUGCCAGUUCCAUUCCCUGACUUCCUACACUCUUGGAGCUUCCCAGCCCUGUCCUCAAGAAGCUUUCCUGGAGAGAGAGCGCCAGCCUGCUGCGGUCAGCACUAAAGGCCUUUCUCAUCUGUUACUCGUAUGCCAGGAGGUCCGGCUUCUCUUGUCUUCUAAGAGUUCCAGAGGGUUCAUCUACCUGGACCAACGCCAUUUAAAUAAGGGCUUUGGGGUAAGAGCUACCUAGGAAGACAUGUCAUGGAGACCUUCACCAUGCAAUGCCUUGAAUUCAGCUCUGGACGCUCCCAAGGAAAGGAGACUGGCAGUGGGUUUGGACACAAAGCACAAAUGGGGAUGGUGGAGCCUCUGUGCGGAGCUACUUGAAUAAUCACUGAGUUUUUCAUUGACUUGUUUUGUAACAUAAACCACUAAGGGCUGAAGUGUUGGUAACCUUCAUUUCGGUGUCCGGCUCCUCAAAGCAGCUGAACCACCCGGAGAUGCUUUUGGCUACUGCCUGCCGGGACACAGCCUGGGCGGACAGACCAUAGUCAGAGCUAGGAAAGUCAAUACCAAAUGAACGAAAAUUGGACACCAAAAAUCAAGCGUUACUUUCAUGUUUCCUCACCCAUACAUAACCAUCUCAUCUCUUCCCGACACAUCUCUGGCGUUUAAAUGGACCAACCUGCCAGGUGAGCCCGGCGCAUCUAGCCCGAGGCCAUCGUUGGGCUUCUCAGAGGUUCUGAGUCAGGGGGAAGGAAACGGCCCGGGGCCCAGUUUGUUUCUGCAGCUGCCGCUAGGUGGCUUUUCUGCUUCUAACAAUAAUAAGCCCCCGCCCCAAAAUCCGGAGGGGGGAGGACUUGUCCCGCCCUUCUCUCCCGCCCUCCGCCCCAUGGGCCAGGCAGAGGGUCUCCUACGGAUAACUUGUUCCCGGAGUUGAAUGUCUUACUGGGCACCAGCUCACACCGGCUCUAGACUAGCUCCACACUGCAUUCAGGGAUUGUUUCGGAAAUCCCGCGACACUUCCCGCUUCUCUUCUUUGGGCCAAUUCUCGCGGAGUGAGGCCAGUUCCUUGCCAGGCUCUGGGCAGGUGUCAUCCCGGAGGCCAGCCUCCUUUCCAUGCUAGCAUAGCCUCUGUCUCUGUUCUGUCCUUCCAAUCCAAGACACUUUUAAUUAGUACAGACAUGUACAGUCUACAUUUAAGAAGUAAUUUGUACUAACAGUUUUGAUUCUUCCUCUUUGCUGUCCUUUCAAGAUACUUGCUGGAAAGAGCUUUAAUGCACUUAGUUCCCCUUUAGCUUUUCUAUAAUUCCAAUGUAAAGGACUUCCUCUGUACAGUAUAUUAUCCAAUGCAUGUUCGUUCUCUCUACUGAUAUAUUGAACACCACACAGUUGUGAACUCGUGCAGCGGGACACCCCACGCCCACCAGAGGCCUCCAGCCCCGGCCCGCCCCUCCCCGGCCCGUGUAGAAGGAAAGACGAUGUUUUCCUUUGCUGUACUUGCUUGAGCAGUUUUAUUGUCUGUACAUGUGAGCUGUGUGAGAUAGAUGUGAAAAGUUCAAACGAAUGCAUUUCCCUGCCCCAUGUAUACAGGUUGUCAUCUGUACAAUGAAUUGUAUGUAUGAAAGCAAAUGUACUUAUUUAUAAAUGGUUAACACUUGGAAAA